UUUACUUAUAAAAUUUUCAUUUGGGACUAUUUUUUUUACACAAUUUGCCACUUUUUGAAAAUUCUAAUUAAAAUGUUCUAAUAGAUUGUUGCGAUAAUUCUGCUCUCAUUAACGCCGGAGAAACUAAAGGCGUUUCAUUAGACACGCGUCGCUACUAAUGUUUGUAUACAAACAAGGUUUAUUUCGUCACAUUGAGUAAGUUUCAGUGUGCACACAGUAACAUUUAACAUGCAGAACAUACUAAUCAUUGCAGUCCUUACUGCAUUGGUUACUUUUGUAGUUGGUUUUAGCUUUACAUGUCAUAAACCUGUGGAUUGUUCCAAGUGCUUGACGGUAGCAAGUUGUCAGAAAAGUGAAUGUAACUGUUGUGAAUUUUGUUCUAAAGUUAUAUAUCGCAGUUACUGGAAGUUUGAAGAAUUUUUCCCAUUUAAAAUAACUACUUACUUUCCUUCUUUUGUCUCAAGCGCAUAUGAUAGCUGUCACCAUAGUCCGACUGUUGUAGAAGUGAACAACCCAGUGUAUUUGAAUCACGAUUCCUCUGAUACCUCAGAACGUUGGUAUCAUUCAGUAACUUCAUUAUUUAUAGGUUAAUUCCAGAACUAUGGAAGAUAGGAGUCUCUACACUACAUUACACAUCCUGUAGUCUGGCUGACCGUUGGGCCACUACCGAUGACUUUGCAACCAGAUCCCUACAUCCGUCUCUGUCUUCUGCCUCUUGCACUGCAUCUCUCAUCCUUAGGUCUGUCCACUCACAGAGGUUGUUUUGCCACCUCUUUCUCUUUCUGCCUCUGCAUAGGGCCCCAUUGCCUGCCUUAUUCUUCUUUUUACUUUCUCACUUGUGACACAAUCUCUGUAUGAUAUUCCUAGAAGUCUCCUGAAACAUUUGAUCUCUGUAGCCUGGAUUCGUCUUUCGAAUUCUGCUGUCAGUGUCCAUAUCUCACAGGAAUAUUGUACAAUGAUUUCUAAAGUUAUUAUAUGAAAAUAGUAGUUAAUGGUGGGAUGAUGAUGUUAGUAUAGCUGGACAAAAGUGGCAAAUUGGCAGAAUUACUAGGACAUGGGAGAGAAUGUAUUUGUUCUGAUGGUCUGCACUUUGAUUUCAAAUCUUGCUCAGGACAACUUUAAACCAACUUUAUAUUUCAGUC